AUGUCUUCCUGGAAAACGAAUCCAGAGGACGCAGGGGAUGAUCGCUGGCCUUCUCCGAACGGCCCCGGCGAUGAAUACGAGGUGAAGACUAUCCAUGGGAAGUUUACCGGAGGAGGCGAUGUGGCUUGCCGCAUCUGCGGCCAACUCGACCAUUUCGCUCGUAACUGCCCCAAUGCUGACAGCGGCCCCGGUUCUUAUGGCGGUCACGGCUCUUACGGCAGCCACGAUAGCUACGGCAGACACGACACCUACUGCGGACACGAUACUUACGGCGGCCUCGGUGCCGAGGGCACUUGCUACAACUGUGGUGAAGAAGGCCACAACAAGGCCGAUUGUCCCCAGCCGCGCAAGUUGGUCGGGGCCUGCUUCAACUGCGGUGAAGAAGGACACAACAAGUCGGACUGCCCCCACCCUCGUGUGUUCAAGGGAACCUGCCGGAUGUGCGGACAGGAGGGUCAUCCUGCUGCCUCAUGCCCCGAGAAACCCGUGGACAUCUGCAGAAACUGCGGCGGCGAAGGUCACCUCUCCAAGGACUGCAAGGAAAACCGCAAAUUCAACCUGAACAACGUCCCCGACAAGCUUCCCGGGGAAGCAUGGGCUAUGAUGAAGGCUGCAAGUGACGCACGAGACAUGACGGAUUUCCGCGACGCUUUUCAAGUGUACUCCAAGGCCUGCCCGGACGAGACCUUUGCGACCAUUGCACAGAAAAUGCAGGCCGAGAAUUUCAACAUCUACAUUAUUGGACUCGAGAAACCCUCCGAGGACGUCAUCAGCCUGAUCGAUCUCCAGGGCCAACUGGGUCGCGAGUACGUGGUUGGAUUUUACUACAGCCCCAAGGCCCACCGAUUCAAUCUCAGAGACCGCUGGCCAGCUACUCCUGAAGAGAAUCUUGAACGCCUGCAGAACGCUGGAUUCCCCUAUGACCGUGGCGUUCCCAAGUGCCGAAACUGUGGAGAAAUGGGCCACACCGCACGCGGCUGCAAAUCUGAGCGGAUCCCGACUGCCGACCGAGCUGAGAUCAAAUGCAGCAACUGCGACGAGGUCGGACAUCGCAUGCGAGACUGCACGAUGCCUCGCAAGAAUAAGUUCGCGUGCCGCAACUGCGGUUCUGAAGAUCACCAGGCCAGGGAUUGCACUGAGCCCCGUUCUGCUGCCGAUGUUGAGUGCCGACGCUGCGGUGAACAAGGUCAUUUUGCCAAGGACUGCCCUAACGAGUCUCAGCGGGAGCCUCGUACCUGCCGUAACUGCGGCUCUACUGAUCACCUCGCUCGGGACUGCGACCAGCCCCGAGUCAUGAAGUGCCGCAACUGUGACGAAUGCAAGUUGGGCCACUCUGCCCGUGAGUGUCCUGAGCCAAAGGACUGGUCCCGUGUGAAGUGCAACCGAUGUGGCGAAAUGGGUCAUACUGUUACUCGAUGCCCCCAACCUGAAGACUACCAGGUCCCUGGCAGCCCCGUCAGUGUCGGCUCCAAUCCUGACACUCGUGGCUAUGAGGGAGGCAGUUCCUGGAACGACGCAAAGGUUGACGAGAUGAGCGGCCGUUUGGAAGAUGCUCGUCUGGACGACGACCACCCCGGUGUGGAGUGGUAA